AUGUACACGGCCGAAGAGAAGAAGCUGCGGCACCUGAUGCGCGGAGUAAAGGAGGAGAUUUUUGCAGGCGUGGUGCGUAAUCUUCCGCGGACCGUGGCAGAGUUUAGAUCACAGCCAACGACAAUGCAGAGGACACAGCAGCAGCGUGCACGACAGUACAACAGGAACGUGAACGUCUGUCCAGCUAGCGUGGUGUCGGUUACCCUCACCAACAACAUUGACGUUCUGCGCGAAGUAGUGAGAGCUGUCACUCCUGGAGAGGUGGGCUAUGUCGACAUAGUUGCCCUUCUGCAGAAGCACUUCGAUCCACGACUGUCUGAGUUGUACAGCCGGUACAUGUACCAGCGACGCGACCAGCGGCCGGAAGACUCGAUCAGCAACUACAUUGCUGCCCUCAGAAGCUUGUUAGCUGACUAUAACUUCGGAGUGCCAGCGACAACGUCUGCUACAUCGACGCCACCGGCAGAAGGCCACGCAGCCGUUCUUACAAACCCCACCAUGCUGCCCCAAGAUGUGAUGCUUCGCGACCAGUUCGUGUGCGUGCGUCGAAGCAGCAACAAGGCCUUAAAGGACGACGGAGCGAUGAGCUCUGCGGAAGUGCACAAGACUUCGCAGUCUAAAAAGGAAACCAAACAUUCGGCUCAGCAACGGCGCUGCUACCGAUGCGAUGGCUGGCACGAGACUGACACCUGCAAGUUCAAGACAGCGCAAUGCCGUUUUUGUGCCAAAAAGGGUCACAUUGAGAACGCCUGCAUCUCCAAAAAGAAGAAAAUUAAAGGAGGAAACCUCAACGCCCGGCAAGGAACUCACCUGGUUAACGCUCAACCUGUGAGCUACGACCUCGCGGACACCGAUAGGUGCUACGACCUACAUGCCGUGAGGGGGCGACAACACUGCCCUAAAUUCCUCGUUUACGUAAAAGUCGAGGGAAGGCCCCUGAAAUUCGAAGUGGACACGGGCGCCGCAUGUUCUCUUAUCAAUGAGGCUACCUACCACCAAACGUGGCCAUCGAACGCCCCUAAGCUUUCGAGAGAACCCCUAAACUUACGCACCUGGUCAGGGGAAGAACUUAGCACCCUCGGUUCGGCACAAGUUCGUGUGCGUUUCAAAUCAAAGGACUACUUGCUGCCCCUGCUGGUAAUGAAAGGGACUGGGUGCAACCUGCUCGGGCUUGACUGGUUUUCAACACUGAAAAUACGUGUUCACGGAGUAAACCAGGUCGAUGAACCAAGUCAAGAGAUACAGGAUGUUCUCCCACACCAUCCUGGUGUAUCUAAGGAAGGUAUCGACGGCUACGUGUGUCCAUUGGUACACUUGGACAUGGAAAAAAGUGCCACACCCAAAUUUUGCAAAGCACGGCCAGUGCCCCUAGCUUACCAAGAGCCUAUGGAGGAAGAGCAGGACCGCCUUCAAAAACAAGGUAUCCUAGAGCCGACGCAACAAGCCGAAAUGGCCACACCGUUGGUGUGGGUGCGCAAUAAGGUUGGAACAUUUCGCGUUUGUGGAGAUUACAGGAGCACAGUUAACGCGGUGGUCAAGAAUACUGCGUACCCGCUCCCGACAACUGUGGAGGUGUUCGCAAAGUUGCGUGGUGGGACGACGUUUUUGACGCUAGACCUUUACCAGGUCUAUCAGCAGCUAAGAGUGGACGACAAGACAGCUGCACUGCUUACCGUCAACACCACCGAAAAACUGUUCAAGGUGAAGCGUCUCCCUUUUUGA